CCGCGGGAUACCCCAUCACCACUCCUCUCCUUCUCGACCCAUUGCAAGAAGAUGAAUUCUUUUCGCUUUGCUCGCUCUGCCCUGAGGGCUCGCCCUGCGGCAUUCCGCGUCCCCGUCCAGCGCAGGGGCUACGCCGAGGCCGUGUCGGACAAGAUCAAGCUCUCUCUUGUCCUUCCUCACCAGACUAUCUACAAGUCGACCGACGUUGUCCAGGUCAACAUCCCCGCUUCCACCGGUGACAUGGGUGUUCUCGCCAACCACGUCCCGUCUAUCGAGCAGCUCAGACCUGGUCUCGUUGAGGUCAUUGAGGAGAGUGGAAACACCAAGCGCUUCUUCCUGUCCGGUGGCUUCGCUGUCGUUCAGCCCGACUCUCAACUGAGCGUUAAUGCCGUCGAGGGAUUCCCUCUUGAGGAUUUCAGCUCUGAGGCCGUCAAGAACCAGAUCGCCGAGGCACAGAAGAUUGCUAGUGGCAGCGGCAGCGAGCAGGAUAUUGCCGAGGCUAAGAUUGAAUUGGAGGUUCUUGAGAGCCUGCAGGCCGUCCUUAAAUAGGCUUGUUUGUACAUAUCUUUGUGAACCUGCGUAUUCGCUUGAAUUGUAGAACCAUAGCAAUCUGACGAUUCUUC